AUAAAAGAUAAUAAAAGUAAUAAAAAUUUUUUUUUUAAUUUUUAACAAUAUCAAUAGCUAUUUAGUAUUUUUGUUUGCUUAUUAAGUACCUAUCGGCUACCCCACUUAGCCACUUGUACUACAAAGAAACAUUUAAAUGUCAGGAGUCAAUCGUAAUGACCAUAAUAGAUCCAAUAAGGGAUCAUCAAAAAAAAAUAAAAUCCCUAAUGAUUGGAUGAAUUGCCCUCCUAUAGCUAUUUCAGGGAUAGCCAAUGCAUUUGUGGCAUUCAAAACACCAUUAGAUUAUAAAUAUGACAAUAAAAUAGCAAUCGAUAAGAGAUUCAAUCCUCAAAUGGUAUUUAGACAUAUGUUUUCAUAUCAGCAAAGUAUUGGUUUAUGGAUUGAUCUUACUAAUACUACACGAUACUAUAAUACAAUUGAAAUACAAAAUAUGGGAUGUGCUUAUGAAAAAAUACCUUGCGCUGGUCAUGGAGAUUUGCCUAAUCGAGAAAUAAUUGAAUUGUUUUUUAAUAUUUGUUCAAAUUUUCUAAAAAACAAUUUUUCACAGUUUAUUGGUGUUCAUUGUACUCAUGGUUUUAACCGAACAGGAUUUUUUAUAGUUUCUUAUUUAGUGGAAGUAUUAAAUUUUGAUGUAGUAAGUGCGAUACAUCAUUUUGCAGCUGCUAGACCUCCUGGUAUCUACAGACAAAACUAUAUAAAUGAACUUUACAAACGGUAUGGAUGGUAUUCAUAUGAAGCACCUAUCUUGGCCUCAAAACCUCAUUGGAUCCAUUAAUUUUUAAAUUGUAAGGCCAAUUAUAAUUGAGUAGGUGGUACUCAUAAAUAAAAAGUGUGAGAACUACUAACCAGUUGUAAGCUAUUGGCAUAAUAUUGUUGGUGCCUACAUUGCUCAAAAAUUGGAUUAUAUCUGGAUUUUACAAUUUAACACAUGUAUUUGUAUUUAUUAAUAAAAAUAAAAAUAUUUU